CUAUAUAUCGACCUUUCAAGUGUGAUUGUGACUGAACUGAGGGGCUAUUCCAGCCGUCACAUGAGGGCUAAUAAUUCACACAGCCGAAAACUCGUUGUCAUGAUACAUAUCAUUUGUGUAAGAACUCGUCUGUUGCACCUGGUCUUCCUAAAGCGCAGUAUAUGGGACAGUCUUCAAGAACGUUCAGCGUCACGCGACAGCUGUCCACUUUGGGAAACCACUGAAGGUGUGGACAUUUGAAAUCAUUACACUCCAGAUGAGCGGACGCACGUCGAGGGGGUGAGCAUAUAAAGCGUUCAGUCUGUCACCAGGAAGUAGUGCGCGGGGACCGAGUAUCAUGUCAGUGGGGACACAUCGCCUGUGAGCUCACCCCGUGUGUGUUAACUACAGCGACAGGAACCCCCCAGUCUAGACCUGGGAGCAUGUAGAGGAUUGGUCACAUCCAAGGAAAAACACACAAUGCCGGCCCAUACGGAAGAUGUUGUGGCGACUGACGAGUCUCCGGUGGAGGCGACAGAGGAAGAAGAUGAACGCAAAUCCCUGAUCCAAAACGAAGGCACAACCAGCAUGUCGUUACCUCCACUCAGACACUACGUCCCAGUGGAGGUGGUCGCAUUCCUCUUCAUCUGCGGUAUCGUCAUGACUCUACCCUUGACACAGUUCUACAUAGUCGACAAAAUAACAAGAGAAUAUGGCGGCGUCAACAAAAGCACGACCGACGCCUGCAGCCCCAAGGCAGGUAACUCGUCCGACGCAGGGCUGCAGAACAAGAUACAGAGCAAAGCUGCUGACUAUACAGUAUUCCUCAUCUUUGCUAGCACAUUCCCUGGAAUCAUCCAAACAAUCGUUCUUGGGUCCUUCUCUGACAGACACGGUAGGAAACUGUCGAUGUUAAUGCCGAUUUGUGGUCUUCUAUCAAAGGAGAUCGUGUAUCUCAUCGUGUUCGAGCUGGACCUACCGCUCGCAUACCUAUUCAUAGGCAAUGCAAUCGAGGGGUUUUCGGGUGGUUUUGGGACAAUGUUGACGGCGUUAUUUGGAUGUGCGGCCGACAUUACAACCGCGGGACCCAAGCGAGCAUUGAGGAUGGCUAUAAUUCAGGCAGUGAUGAGCUUAGGCUCAGCGAUGGGGGCCUUGGUUGCAGGAAUAUGGAUAGAGGAGGUCAACUUUAAACAGCCGUUAUACUUUUUAAUCGCAUUAUCUAGUGCAUGUCUCCUGUUUACGAUAUUCAUAUUUCCAGAAACGCGUAGACAUCGACCCCAAGGUAGCCUCACAUUCAAGGAACAUUUGAAAUCAUUCAAAACAAGCAUACAGUUUUACACAAAAGACACUCCUGAGAAAAGGCGGUGGAAAUUGAUUGUGUCCUUGAUGACCUUCUUUACGUCCUUCUCCGUGGAGCUGAUAAAAGCCACGGUACUGACUCUCUAUCUCCUGGCCACGCCCUUCUGCUGGAAUAAAGUACAGAUCACCGGCUAUACCGCCGCCAGGACCAUUGUUGACUGGGUCUGCAUACUCGCCCUCACGCGCUUCCUUGCGCGCCGCCUGUCGGAAGUCAACAUCGCAAUCAUCGGAUGUGUUUCCAACAUGCUGUUCCUGGUGCUGUUAGGAAUCGGCCAGAGUAGCGUCCUUGUCAUCAUAGCGGGCUUGGUUGGGAUCUUCAGUGAAGCACCGUCUGCGAUGAUGCGUUCAGUGAUGUCAAAACUUGUCUCCUCUGAUGAACAAGGGGCGUUGUUCGCGUCUGUCAGUACGGUGGAGAUGUUGGCGUCAUCGGUUCUGGGUGUCGCGGCUACUCUCGUCUACAAGGCGUCGCUCUCCUUCUUCCCCGGCCUCAUUUUCAUCCUCCUCGCCGCUCUCAUCUUCAUCACGGCAGUGAUGCUUGGGGCUCUCAGCUACAGUAUGAAGAAAGAUCCAUCCCAGGCAUCACAGACCAUAAUGGUGACAGCGGAGUAACCAAUCACAGAUCGGUGCCUACCACUUGACCAAUCAUAGAUAAAAGUACAUUAUAAACCAAUCAGAAACAGAGACAAACGAGUUACCAAUCAGAAACAGAGACGAACGAGUAACCAAUCAGAAAAGAGCAUGAGAAGGCGGGAUGGUUCAGCAGCAUGCUGAUUAUUGGUGUUCACUAAUAAAUGUUGGCAGGCACGUGGCGAACAGCAGCAUCGGCGGGAAGGAAUAACAACGUUCGGUGAUGGAUAAAAGUCUUGAUCCCUUAAGUGUAACAGGUAUGCAGUUUUUCCAACUGACAAGUUUGUUAGUUGUUUAACGCCGCACUCAGCAAUAUUCCAGCUGUUUGACGGCGGUCUGUAAAUAAUCUCUAGUCUUGACCAGACGAUCCAGUAAUUGACACCAUUAGGAUCGAUCUACGUAACUGGGAUACGACAUGCAUCAACUAAGUCAACGAGCCGGACCACCCGAACAAGUUAGUCGCCUCUUACGACAAGCAUUGGUUGCUGAAGACCAAUUCUACCCUGGAUCUUCACGGGAUUCCAACUGAUAAAGUCUACUUUUCUUGGUGAGGGAUAGGGGUGGAAACAGAGCAAAUCGUCUUAUUUUGUACGCUGUGUUGUGGUGCUCCAAGGUUUUAAUUGUGUUUCUGCAAUGGUACUAUUUCUGUGUUUUUCUUUCUGGACAUUUCGCAGAGCUUUCACAAAUAAACGUAAAACACGCCAAAUAAAUCACCAUUACCUUAUCAAUUUUGAGCUGCUUGCGUACAAAUACGCAUGGGUAAUUUCAAAAGUCCAAUAAUAUAACAUGACUCAUGUAUCUUUUUUCUGCAUCAACAUACAUAAACUCUCCUGCAGCAAAGAUGCACAGGAAAGGUGCAAAAGGGAUAUUUUGAAAAUAUCAACUCAUUGGUGUAAUAAUACCAAACUGACUAGACCAAAGGGAAUAAAUAGUCAAACAAAAAUAUCAAUAUCCAACUGAAGGUGAACAUUUUGUAAAUAAGCCAAUAAGUAAUAAGUAAAUACUCACUGGCUCAAAAGGUAUCUGGAGCCCUGAUACUUUCUGUAAGCAUGUUAGCAUUAUGACCAUUUGAUUUUUAAGGGCGGGUGCGGUUGGGGUGUUCUGGUUCUUCAUUAACUCCUUUAAAGAUGCGUAUGUGAUAUUUUUAAAGUAAUCUGUGAUAUAUGUGCACAUACGUAAACAACCAAGUUGGAGAGAGUUGAUUUAUACAUAGGAUACUUUAACUCAAUGAGCUGGGCUUCCACAAGUUUGCCACGAGCCCUUCAGUUGUUGUCCAACUUUGUUCUUGUUUCGUGUAUUGAUGAUAAUUGAAGUACGUUGUUUCUUUUCCGUGACUUUACCUUGUGUUUAACAUUUCGUGAUUGUCGUUUUACUUUUUGUUAUUAAUAAUAAAAGCUUUUCUGCAUCCUUUUAGAAA